UGUGUACCUCUUUAUCUUUUGUGUGUUACAGUGGACAUGUUUACUAACGUAGACAGAAGGAUAUUAUUGGCUGAGCUGUCAGAAACAUGCACAAUAUCGCUUAAGGAAAAGUAGCAUCGGUCCGCUCGUGCAGAACUGUUGGGCCUACAGCCCAGCUAUAGCCAUUCACAGUUGACCUGGAGAUGCGGGUCUCGACCAACCAGCUCCAACAGCUCGCGAUCUUCACCACAGUGUUUACGGGUGGAUGCAUCGGCACCAUGUACUACCUGAUACAAAAGGAAUUUCAAGAUUCAGAAUACUACCAGCUUGCAUUGAAGAAGCUGGAGGCAAACCCUGUUGCCAUGGAGAGCUUGGGAGCCCCGCCCCUCAAGGUCUACAACAUCCACCUGACUGACAGACACAACCAAGUGAACCACCAGAGUGCACAGAUCAAAAUCCCAGUAAAAGGAGGUGUCACAGGUGGCUAUCUCUACACAUCCUCCGUCAGGGACACGGAUACUAAAAGCUGGAAUCUGAGGCUGGCUAUGCUCCACGUCAGAGAGGGUCAGCAGAUCAACCUACUGGCCCAUCCUGAACCAGACUCAGACCCACCCGGACACACGGACGGCUUCAACACCGAUCGCUAGUCAUGUGAUCAGCGUCUUAUUGGACCUUACUGACUCCAGUCCGCCUGUUUGACUGGAGGCAGGUGCCUCUGAUAGGGGAGGGCUUCCUCUACGGUGCGUGAAUGCUGUUCGUGUGUGUGUCCCACAUUUAAAAUGGUCAAGUGCACACUUUGUGGAGACGGAAGACAGUGGUGUCAGGUCCUGGUGAACACCAGCUGUGUUUUACCCUUGGGAAGCCUGGAAGACUGACGUACAGAUGUCCCAGCUACCAGGCCAAUCCAUUCCUUUCAAUGUCUGUGUUCUGUAUAUUCCUCAGUUUACUUUCACAAACCGAAAGAAACAUGAAAAAAAACUUUUGUACGGGGGUCUGUAAAUAAUGGUUCAACUACCACCUAAUGACUUUCGAUGUGUCCAUAUCACUUCACAACCCACCGGGGACGGACAAGGUGCAUUACCAAGUGAUUGUUUAUUGACAUUUGUUAACAGUACUAUCCUUGAAAAGAAAAACUGCAGUCUGAAACUGCAUGUCUGCCGGUCAGAUGGUGAAAGUCGUCAGUAAAACUGAUCUCGAAACUCCGGAGAUGACGUGAAGAGUUAAGGGAGGACAAAGACAGACGCUGCAGCAGAACUGGUACAACCUCCACAAUGUGCAAACUACUUUUAACGUCCAUUUAAAAUAAGAGGUACAGUACAGUAUAUCUUAAAAGUAGGCAAAACUGAUCGAUGUUUUAA